AGCAAACGCAAAGCCUCCUCGCUGCGGAUCUCGUUGCAACUGGUCAGUGUGUGGGUGCUUGUGGCUCAAACCAUGGACUUCUCGACUCCUCCAACGCCUGUGUACAACCCGCCGAUCCCCUACACGGGGCCCAUUCCUGGGAGUUUGCAAGAUGGGGACAUGGUCCAAAUCAAAGGGCGUGUGCUGCCGCACUGUGACAGGUUUCACGUGAACCUUCAGUGCGGCACCAUGGCUGGCCAUUGCGACGUGGCUUUACACUUCAACCCACGGUUCGAGUGUCCGGGCUACGUGGUGUGCAACAGCUUUGAGAACCAGCACUGGUGCUCGGAGGAGAGGAUGUAUGAAACGCCAGUGCAGAAAGGAGAGACCUUCCAGCUCCUUAUUCUCGUUCAAAAUGAUUCCUACAAGGUGGCCGUGAAUGACAAGCACUUCUUGGAGUUCAUGCACCGUCUCCCGCUCGCCAGUGUGAACACCAUCAGUAUCGAAGGCCAACUGGAGGUCAUGUCAAUCAACUUCAUAAAGAAGCAGUUGCAACCAGCAGCUCCGGCAAGCAUUGGAAACAAUGCUGGUGUCAUGCUCCCUCCUCCUGCAGCCAAUCCGGCUGGUGGCAUGUUCCCUGCUCCUGCAGCCAAUCCAGCUUUCACCUUUGGCCCGGCCAAUCCGUUCCAGGCUGCUCCCGCCUUUGGCCCUGCUAUUCCAACCAACCUGGAAGUACCGUUCACAGGUGUGAUUCCCAGUGGGCUAUUUCCUUCCAAAUCGAUCUUGAUCCAGGGGUCUGUCAAUCCCAAUCCUGGCAGCUUUGUCAUUAAUCUGAAGCCGGCAAAUUCCAGAGACAUUGCCAUUCACAUCAGCGUUCGAUUCCGCGACGAACAAGCUGUGGUGCGGAACAGUUUCCUGCAGAACUCCUGGAACAGCGAGGAGAGGGCUUUGGCCCAAAACCCAUUUGUACCCGGACAGGCGUUUGAGGUGACCAUUCUGUGCGAAGCUCAAUCCUUCAGGGUCUCUAUAAACGGCAGGCAAGCCUUUGACUUCCAGCAUCGCUACCAACCAAUCCAGCAGAUCAACGAGCUGCAGAUCGAAGGGGACGUGACUCUCUCCAAAGUCCUCCUUUGAAGCGAGGAGCCCAAAGGAGGGCUUUGAGGUGCUGGGGUGAAGCAUUAGUGGGAAGCUCAGUAAGACUGGCAACAAGCAACAAUUAUACAAUAGUUCAAUGUGAGUCGUCCAUCUGAUGGAGAAGAUUGUAAAUGAUCACACGCAUGGUUAAAAUCUUCCAGAUCCUUUCUGCUGGAUAUUUCUUUACUUGAGCGGAUAAGGUUUUCAUUAUUCUUGAGUUCAUGGGGUUUUUUUCCGUAGAGGGUGGUUCAAAAUGUCUGGAGCACAAUUGAAGAUGGUGGCUCCAUCCACUCUGUAUCUGUACCCAGUCUCUGCGAUUGCACCCUCUCAGUUCAACUUUGUUCCCCUCUUCCCUUUACUCACAGUGUAUUCACAAGAUCAUCUUUGUUAAUCCCAGUGGUCACUGUCAGUCGUAUGCUUUGCCUCUGAGCUUUGUAACUGCAAUAAAUCCUCCAGAAAACCACCAAAA